AUGAUAUAUUUGCUAGAGACUGCGGUUGGAUAUGCAUUGCUUGACAGUGUUGAAGGGCAAGGAAAUGCAGAGUUGCUUGGUGUAUAUAGAUUCAAGGACAGUGAUGAGGCGAUGGAGUCAUCGAGAUGUCUGAUCCAAGGAACAGUACCCUCGAGUUUAGAAAGUUUCAUCAGUUCUAUUGAGUCGAAGAAAAAGGAGAUUCUGGGGGUGAAUGACCAGAAGCUUGUUGAACCGCUGCAUAAGAAGAUGGAUAGAAAGGUUGUGUAUGUGAACGAUGAUGUUCUGAGGAGCGCACGAUCUGAAGCAUAUAAGUACUUUGGAAUGAGUAUUUCUGAGUAUUCUGAAAGGGUUGUGUGCAUUGCACAUAAGAUAUGUAUGGGAAAGAUCCGAAUGGUGCCUGAGAAGAUUGAUACAAUGGUGAUACAAUCGGUGAAUCUGUUGUGUGACAUGGACAAGGACAUUAAUCUACACUGCAUGAGGUUGAAGGAGUGGUACGGAAUACACUUUCCAGAGCUACAGAGCGUAUUUGAAGGCAACAAGGAGUAUCUUGUGGCGGUGAUUGAAAUUGGUAGAAAGGAGAGCAUUGAUGAGGAGAAAAUGAAGAGGCUUGAAGAGAUGAUUGGAGAUCGAGCGGAGCGAGUGAAAAAGCUUGCUGAAAGCAGCAUGGGUGUUGCCAUGGACGAGAGUGACAUGCAGAACAUUCUGGAUGAUGCAAGGAGUGUACUAAAGAGCUUUGAGUUUCGAGAUGAGCUAGAGAAGUACAUUUGUGUGAAGAUGCAAGGGUUAGCGCCGAACCUGAUGGCAUUGAUUGGGGAUGUGAUGGGAGCACAGAUGAUAAGUAAGGCAGGAUCGCUGUCAAGCCUUGCAAAGAUGGCGGGAUCCACAAUACAGAUGAUGGGAGCGGAGAAGGCACUGUUCCAAGCACUGAAGGCGGAGUCAAACACACCGAAGUAUGGAAUUAUAUACGGAAGUUCAUUGGUUGGACAAACUCCUUCGCAGCAUAAGGCCAAGAUAGCAAGGAGCCUGGCAUCGAAGAUUGGCUUGGCAGCUAGGAUUGAUAUGUAUGGAGAUGACACGCAUAAGAACCAUGGUACACAUAUGAGGGAGCAGAUUAUGAAAAGAAUUAAGGAUCUGGAGAGCCGAGGAGGGAAGAGUAGAAAAUCUGUGAGCAGGCCGAAACAUGAGAUUAAGCCGAAUUUCUAUGAUGACUCAAAAGAUGUUAAGAAGGUUAAGUCAAAAUGA